AUGGUAUUGUUGACAGAAGAUAUUCUAACAGUUAGUUAUAAAUUGUUACAAGUGGAUGCGAUUGCACUACAUAGUAUUGGAUCAAGACUGGAAGCAACCAAGUUAUCACCAUCUCCACUCAUCGAUCGAGUGUGGCAUAUGCACAUCCUCCAUACAAUGUCCUAUCAAGAUAUGUGUGACAAGUUUGGUAGAAUGAUACAUCACCGUGUCAGUGCAAGCAUGGAUGACACUGUUGAAAAGAAAAAGAGAUAUGAUCGAACGCUGGAUCUCUACCAAAAAUACUAUCAAAAGUUUGAAAAUAAUACAUCUACUACUAUUUGGGAUACUCAAUAUCUAAAUAAUAAUAAUAAUAAUAAUAAUAAUAAUAAUAAUAAUAAUAAUAAGAAUAACAAUAUCAACAACAACAACAACAACAAUAAUAAUAGUAGUAACAUUAACAAUGAUACUAUUAGUCCGUCAAUUAAUAUAAGUAUUGAUGACAAUUUCGUUAAACUUGAACCUCAACAACAACAAACUUCAUACCAACAAUCAUACCAACCACCACCACUACAGCAACAACAACAACAACAACAACAAACUCCAUACCAACAACCACCAGCACUACAACAGCAACAACCUCAAACUCCAUACCAACAGCCCCAACAACAACAGCCACAAACCCCUCAACAACAAGCUCUAUACCAACUCCAACAAAUGUUUCUUAAUAAACCUCAAGCACUUCAAUAUCAAAAACCCUCAUCUCCAAUACCAACACCAACACCUUCACCAACAAUAACACCUUCAACACCAACAAAAAUGACAACACCGACAGACCAAGGAUUCUAUUUAAUUGUACAAAUGUCAGAUGGUAGCAACAUAAGAGUAAACAUCAAGAACCCAAAGAAGACAAAGAUUAGUCGAGUCAUAUCACAUGUGGCGCGUAGUAUUGGUUCAGAAAACCAAUUUAGACUAAUAUACCAAGGUAGUCGUACAAACGAAGACAGGUUUUUAUCCGAUUACAAAAUGAAUAGUGGUGAUCAACUUGAAAUAGCCAUUGAACAGGCAGGAUGCUAA